CCUUGAGGGUCUUUUCCAUUAGCCUGUAAAGGGAGUAGAUUUUGUUCCUCACUGCAAACCGCAGGGAUCAAAAGAUCAAGUAAACGCGUUGAGUAAAUGAAGACACGCAGCAAAUGGGAUGCGCCCUCACGGUGAUGGUGGUGACUGUUUCUUACAGCUGGUUUCUGUAGGUUAGGGGGGUGGGGCCUGGGGCUAGGAUUCAAUCUUAAGGAGUGGGAAACAUGGUCGCUCGAAGAGGCGAGGCCACCGCCAGGCAGCCCGGGUUUUCACACGCUGCAGGCAGUGACGGGGCUCAUACUUCCAGCCCUCCAGGCAGCCUGACGUUUGCGAGUUGCCGGCAUUAUUCUUUGGGUGGCGAGGCUACAUGGCGUCCCGCUGAGCCCAGUUUCCAUAGCCUAUCAAGGGGUUAAUCAUUCCCACCUGGGCCAGGAUAGGGCCCGAGGCGAGCGAGAGCAAGCGGGGCUGGGGGAGGGGGGGUGCUGGUACCUGGCUCUUCGGAGGUGCUGAGAACGCUAAAUACCUGAGCUGUCUCGCCAGCAGCCUUGUAAAAGAGAAGUCUGCACAGGCAGCGAAAGAAGUCGCACCGCUCACCUGAGCGCCCCCACUCCCUGCGCGGUCCCCAACCCUCUCCUCGCUCUGCUCUUCCCUCCGUGCGCUUCAGUUACGUUUUCCUAGCCUGGCCCAGGGCGCUCCCCUCCCUCCCUCGGCGGUCGGUCCCUCCCUCCCCCUGACUCUCACCCAGCCUCCCCUCCCCCUACGCCCCCUCCCUCGGAGCGGGAGCGGGGAAUCCCACGCCCUUGCACCAGCCCGGGGGCUCAGACGGGCCCGGGAGCCGCCGGUCGCCAAUCACCGUGCGGUGGAGAGGCGGGCGCUCGGCUCGGGCGCGCUGAGGGAGCCAGCUGGCGCGGCUCGCCCCGGGAACCUCAGACGCUCACCCCGACCCAGACAGACGCACGGACGGACGCGCAGGCGGGCGGGCGCGGACAGAGUCCCCUGGCCGUCUGCGCUCGGAGGCGCGCGCCAGCCCCGACCCGGGGCUCCUCGGUCCCGUCCCCGGGAGCCGCAGGCGGCGUUGCGCGGACCGGCGCCGGCGGGAGGGGAGGGCGCGGGGCCGGCCGGAGCCGGGGAGGCCCGGCGCGCCUGGCCCGCGAGGUGAGAGGCGGCGGCUCCUACCUGGCGCCGCACCUGGAGCGCUGCGCUCCGGGGGCGGCGGGGAGAAUGCGCGCCGCCCGCAGCCACCGCGCCCGCACCUGACCAUGGAGUGCGCCCUCCUGCUCGCGUGCGCCCUCCCCGCUGCCCGCUCGGGCCCGCCGUGGGGGCCGGCGGGACGGGGGCGCGUAGCCAAGGCAGGUGCCCGCCGAGGGGCGCGCCAACGGCGGGGGGGCCGGGGACGCCGGCCUCGCCGCGCCCCCUCACUUGCGGGGUCACCUUUUCUCUUGCAGGCGCUCCAGCUGUGCUGUCUCUGCUGUGCGUCGGUCGCCGCAGCCUUAGCCAGUGACAGCGGCGGCGGCGGCAGCGGAUUAAACCACGAUUACGUCUUUGUCACGCCGGUAGAAGUGGACUCGGGCGGGUCAUAUAUUUCACACGACAUUUUGCACAACGGCAGGAAAAAGCGGUCCGCGCAGACUGCCAGCAGCUCCCUGCAUUACCGAUUUUCAGCAUUUGGACAGGAACUACAUUUAGAACUUACGCCCUCGGCGAUUUUGAGCAGUCACUUUAUUGUCCAGGUACUUGGAAAGGAUGGUGCUUCAGAGCCUCGGGAACCCGCAGUGCCGCGAUGUUUCUAUCAGGGAUUUAUCAGAAACGACAGCUCGUCCUCCGUCGCUGUGUCUACGUGUGCCGGCUUGUCAGGUCUAAUAAGGACACGAAAAAAUGAAUUCCUCAUCUCGCCAUUACCUCAGCUCCUGGCCCAGGAACACAACUACAGCUCACCUGCAGGCCACCAUCCUCACGUGCUGUACAAGAGGACAGCGGAGGAGAAGGUCCAGCAUUGCCAUGACUUCCCGGGCUCCAGCCGGAACCAUGCUGGUCGCCCUCCAACUCACACUCCUCACACAUCUUGGAGUCCAGAAAGAGAGCAUCACCACCGAAGGUUGCAAAAGCAGCAUUUUUGUGGACGACGCAAGAAAUAUGCCCCUAAGCCUCCCACAGAGGACACCUAUCUCAGGUUUGAUGAAUACGGGAGCGCAGGGCGGCCCAGAAGAUCAGCUGGAAAAUCACAAAAAGGCCUAAACGUGGAAACCCUUGUGGUAGCAGACAAGAAAAUGGUGGAAAAACACGGCAAGGCCAACGUCACCACGUACAUUCUCACAGUCAUGAACAUGGUUUCCAGCCUAUAUAAAGACGGGACCAUUGGAAGUGAUAUAAACAUUGUUGUGGUGAGCCUCAUUCUUCUGGAACAAGAACCUAGAGGAUUACUGAUCAACCAUCACGCAGACCAGUCUCUGAAUAGCUUUUGUCAGUGGCAGUCUGCCCUCAUUGGAAAGAAUGGCAAGAGGCAUGACCACGCCAUCUUACUCACGGGAUUUGAUAUUUGUUCCUGGAAGAAUGAACCAUGUGAUACUCUAGGGUUUGCCCCCAUCAGUGGAAUGUGCAGUAAGUACCGAAGUUGUACCAUUAACGAGGACACGGGGCUCGGUCUGGCCUUCACCAUUGCUCACGAGUCAGGGCACAAUUUCGGCAUGAUUCAUGAUGGAGAAGGCAAUGCCUGCAGGAAGGCUGAAGGCAAUAUCAUGUCUCCUACACUGACGGGAAACAAUGGGGUGUUUUCCUGGUCUUCGUGCAGCCGGCAGUAUCUCAAGAAAUUCCUGAGUACACCUCAGGCCGGCUGUCUGGUGGAUGAGCCCAAGCAAACAGGACAGUAUAAAUAUCCGGACAAACUACCGGGCCAGAUUUAUGAUGCUGACACACAGUGCAAGUGGCAAUUUGGAGCAAAAGCCAAGUUAUGCAGCCUUGGUUUUGUGAAGGACAUUUGCAAAUCACUUUGGUGCCACCGAGUGGGCCACAGGUGUGAGACCAAGUUCAUGCCCGCAGCGGAAGGGACCGUUUGUGGCUUGAGUAUGUGGUGUCGGCAAGGCCAGUGUGUCAAGUUUGGGGAGCAUGGGCCGCGGCCCAUCCAUGGCCAGUGGUCCGCCUGGUCCAAGUGGUCAGAGUGUUCUCGAACGUGCGGUGGAGGUGUCAGGUACCAAGAGAGACACUGCAAUAACCCCAAACCUCAGUAUGGUGGCAAGUUCUGUCCUGGUUCUAGCCGUGUAUAUCAGCUGUGCAAUAUUAACCCUUGUAACGAAAAUAGCUUGGAUUUUCGAGCCCAGCAGUGUGCAGAAUAUAACAGCAAACCUUUCCGUGGAUGGUUCUACCAGUGGAAACCCUAUACAAAAGUGGAAGGUAAUUUGGUCUCUCUGAACCUCAAACAAAUAUGUCUCUACGUGAACAGUAAUGUGAUGGGAUGUGAUCAUGAACUUGGCUCUAAAGCAGUUGCUGAUGCAUGUGGUGUUUGCAAAGGUGAUAAUUCAACUUGCAAGUUUUAUAAAGGCCUGUACCUCAACCAGCAUAAAGCAAAUGAAUAUUAUCCGGUUGUCACCAUCCCAGCGGGUGCUCGCAGCAUCGAAGUCCAGGAACUGCAGCUGUCCUCCAGUUACCUCGCCGUCCGAAGCCUCGGUCAAAAGUAUUACCUCACGGGGGGCUGGAGCAUUGACUGGCCAGGGGAGUUCGCCUUCGCGGGGACCGUGUUUGAGUACCAGCGCGCCUUCAACCGCCCUGAACGCCUGUCCGCGCCGGGACCCACCAAUGAGACGCUGGUCUUUGAAAUUCUGAUGCAAGGCAAAAAUCCGGGGAUAGCUUGGAAGUAUGCACUUCCCAAGGUCACGAACGGAACUCAGCCAGCCUCAAAAAGACACAUCCACGCCUGGAGCACAGUGCAGUCAGAUUGCUCCGUCUCCUGUGGUGGAGGUUACAUAAGUGUCAAGGCCAUUUGUUUACGAGAUCAGAACACUCAAGUCAAUUCCUCAUUCUGCAAUGCAAGAGCCAAGCCAGCAGCUGAACCCAAAAUAUGCAAUGCUUUCUCCUGCCCUGCCUACUGGAAGCCAGGCGAGUGGACAGUGUGCAGCAGGUCCUGUGCGGGGGGCCAGCAGAGCCGGAAGAUCCAGUGUGUCCAGAAGAAGCCCUUCCAAAAGGAGGAGGCCGUGUUACAUUCUCUCUGCCCGGUGAGCACACCCACUCAGGUUCAAGUCUGCAACAACCACGCCUGCCCUCCAGAAUGGAGCCUUGGGCCCUGGUCUCAGUGCUCUAAAACCUGUGGGAGAGGGGUGAGGAAACGUGACGUCCUGUGUAAAAGCACUGCCGCAGCAGAGGGCGUCCCGGAGAGCCUGUGCGCCAGCGCCCCGAGACCAGAAUCGCAGGAGGGCUGCGUCCUGGGGCGAUGCCCCAAGAACAGCCGGCUCCAGUGGGCCGUCUCCUCGUGGAGUGAGUGCUCCUCGACCUGUGGUUUGGGCGUGAGGAAGAGGGAAAUGAAAUGCAGCGAGAAGGCCUUCCAGGGCAAGCUGAUAACUUUUCCUGAGCGACGGUGCCGCAAUAUUAAGAAACCAAACCUGGACUUGGAAGAGACCUGCAACCGAGGGGCGUGUCCAGCCCGACCCGUGUACAAUAUGGCGGCCGGGUGGUAUUCGUCGCCAUGGCAACAGUGCACGGUGACCUGUGGAGGAGGCAUCCAGACCCGAUCAGUCCACUGUGUUCAGCAGGGCCGACCUUCCUCAAGUUGUCUGCUCCGUCAGAAACCUCCAGUGCUCCGGGCCUGUAACACAAACUUUUGUCCAGCUCCUGAAAAGAGAGAGGACCCAUCCUGUGUAGAUUUCUUCGGCUGGUGUCAUCUCGUUCCUCAGCACGGUGUCUGCAACCACAAAUUUUACGGUAAACAGUGCUGCAAGUCAUGCACGAGGAAGAGCUGAUGUUGGUGCCCUUGUAGCCCCAAAGGGCCGGGGUCUUACCGCUCCUCCUUGGGAGAGACCAGGCAGCUUUCCAUCACAAGCUGAACAUCUGCGAACCACUUGUGAGCUGACCGCAGCGUUGGGGGAACCCGCUCUCAAGAAUAGACAUGCUCCUUAUUCAGUUCCCUAAAGCACAUGGUACUCAGAAGCACUUGAAGAUGGCAAGCGAUGACCAAUCUGACUUACAAAAGACACAGAAAGAAACAAAAACAGAACAGCUUUGAUUUGCACUGUUACACAGAAGAAGUAUGACCCCCAAUGAGAUAGAACAAAUUUUAAUUUUGACAAAGUGAGACUCUCAUCAACCUGGGGACAGACCCCCACCCCACCCACCAUGAACUUCAGAGGGUUCAAUGACAAAGACAUCUGUUUUGAAAAGGUUCUUGAAGACUUCGAGUCAAAGACUGAGACUUGGAGCAAUCAAGUUUGGACGGAACACGCUACCUAACUAUUCCUUGGAGCUCAGUUUGACUGCAGCUGUGGACACCCCAAACCAGGAGUUACACAGUCACCACAGGGUGCUCGUGAUUGCGCUUGCUGCUGGUCUAGCAAGCUCUGUGUUCUGUUUAUUUGGUGUGUGUGUGUGUUGUUUUGUUAUUUUGUUUAAAAUAUGUUUUGCUUAUAGAGAGUCUCCAAGACUAAAAUUCACAACUUGAAAAGUGUUCCAAGGAAUAUUCUCAAAAUAGGGCAAUAUGGACCAGUUAAGAUCUCCAUUUAAUUGAAAUACACACUCUGGAAAAAAAAAGCCCACAAAACUCAUAUAAAAGGCAAAUUUUGUUGCCCUACACACUAUCAACCUCGUCACUCUUGGUGCUAGCCGAACUGGUAACCAGGAGCCUCACGUCUGCUCCUCGGGAAUCAGAAUUGGUGAGAUGUUCAUUUCUGGUAAAAACAUAAAAGGAGCUAAAUGACAAAAUAGCCCUGCUUUGAAGGAGAGGAGACCACUAUUUGUGCAAUGCGCCCUACAUAAUAUCAGAGAUGCUUGGAAAAUUAAAGGCCUCUUGUGGUUUUUUCCUACCAACUGACAUGUUUAAAUUUGCCCUAGGAUUUAGUUAACAAGGAAAAAGUCACAGUGGCAAGAGGAAAAUCCAUCUGUCUUCUCGCUAUGUGAAUAUUAAUAAAUCAUAAUAUGCCAAGAGCCUUCAAUGAAUAAGAGUAUUUUAUAAUCUUUCAGAUGAUAUUUUCAGUCUUCAGAAGCCUGCUGUUGGUAGGUACUUAAUGAGCUUAAAAUUGUUCUCAAUUGGAAAAAUACCACACUGUUUUGCCAAAACCAAAGUAACUUACAAGACUGUGUCCUUCUGUGAUUUUUUGAGCUGUGGUUAUAAAGGGCAUACUUACAUAAUCCUACUCUGUUCCUCAAUUUCUUUGAUGAAUGUAACCCAAUUUUAUUGCUUUAAGAAGUCUCAAUUCAAACAGGGAUUUGCCAGCUCAGCACAACCAACUAGACAGUGGUUUGUUAAAGUUAGAACAUCCUUUGUUCCAUUCUAAUUAAUAUCAUGCAUUCUGGAAUCUCAGAGAAAUAAUGGUGAGAAUAGUCUCUCAAUCUACAUGGCGUGGCCUAGAGUAGUGGCCAUUUUAUCAUUAAAAAAAAAAACUUCCACCCCCCAUGCCCUCUGAAAAACUGCAAGUUCUUUGUUUCUUUAUAUAAUUAUCAUUAUUUUAUGGACAAAUUAAUUUAUUAAUAGCCUAUUCCUAUGUGUUCUCACUUGCUUCUCUGAGUAAGUGAUAUUAAUUCUGAGGAAAAAUGUUGGAUAAAACCCUGGGUUAUAGAGAAAAGUCAAAAAUAUAUGUGUAAUAUUUAAUUAUUUUAUAAGUUUUAUAAUAAAGCGUUCUGUUUCUUUGUCUUUGAAACUUGUUAAGUUCUUGGAUAAAUUAGCAAGAAGCCAGUUAUUUCCAAGAUGAUUUAACUGUAUAAAUGUUUGAUUAAGAAUCUGAGAGAGUAAUUUCUCAGAAAGUUGUGAAAAGGUUGGGGGGGAAGUAUUAACACUUUUUCUUCUUUGUGUAUGAGAAAAUUAGAAACCAUCAAAUGCUGAGAUGAAAUAGAUGACAUUUCCCAUCUGAUGGAGACAAUGAGUUUUUUUUUUUUUCUACUCUGAUGUAAUCAUUUAUUUAUGGAAAUCAUCCAAGUUAGUUAGAUAAACCUGCCAUAUACAUAGUUGGUCUUCUCUUUUUUUUCUCCUUGAAAAUCCUUUUGCAGAAAGAAGGGAGGGGUAGGAGAGGAGGGAGGAAGG